GGCUUGGUGGACACUGCCAGGAAGAACUUCGGGGGUGGCAAUACCGCAUGGGAGGAGAGGGCGCUCUCCAAGUACGAAUCCAGUGAAAUCCGUCUUGUAGAAAUCAUAGAAAACCUGUGUGACAGCAGUAACUUUGAAUGCAACAACAUGGUAGAAGAGCAUGAAGAACAUAUAGAGAAAUGGUGGUUCAAACUAAAGAAGAAGUAUCCUGACUUAUUUAAGUGGUUUUGUAUAGAAACUAUUGAAGUUUGCUGCCCUACUGGAACCUAUGGACCAGACUGCCUUGCUUGUCGCGGUGGGUCAGAAAGGCCUUGCCAUGGAAAUGGCCAGUGUGAUGGAGAUGGCACUAGAAGUGGGGAUGGAACAUGUAGUUGUAACAAGGAGUAUGCAGGAGACUUCUGUCUAGACUGCUCUGAUGGUUAUUACAAUACUCUGAAAAAUGAAACGCAUUCUGUUUGUACAGCUUGUCAUGCUGCCUGUAAAACUUGCACUGGUUCAACUAACAAAGAUUGCGAGGCCUGUAAAGAGGGUUGGACCAUGAACGAAGAAGCAGCUUGUGUGGAUGUGGAUGAGUGUGCUGCAGAAGCUUCUCCUUGCAAAGAUGACCAAUACUGUUUAAACACAGAUGGAUCUUUCUCAUGCAAAGCAUGUGAUGUUAGCUGUGUAGGCUGCACAGGCGAAGGCCCUGGCAAAUGUAAAGACUGCAUGUCGGGAUACAUAAUGGAAGAUGAAAAGUGCACAGAUAUGAAUGAAUGUAAUCUUGCCGAAAGUGUAUGUAUAAGAGAAAAUGAAGACUGCAUUAAUACCUCAGGCAGUUACAAGUGUAUAUGCUCGGAAGGCUUUGAAGAAAAAGAUGGAACAUGUGUUCAAACAAAAGCAGGAGAGGAAGAAGUGAGAGCAGUGACUACACCGCCUUCUCCUGGACAUGAGGACUUAUGAUCUACAUUCCAAACCAAAAGAGAGUCAUAUCUACACCUUUAAGUUAAUGGACUGAAGCUUUAUGACCUGAUAAACUGUGGAAAUAGUAUUAAAUAUGCAGAUGGCCAGCAUGAUUAUUUUGGAAAAUGGUAAUGAAAAAUUGCCUUCAGCUGCAUUUACCUAAGAAAGAAUAAGGAAAAUGCCACUUUUUAUACAGAUUUUUUUAAAUAAAAAGCAUCCUCAUUCUAGAUGGGUAAGUAUAGACUGUUGGAGUAGAAACAAUCAAAAACGAGUUGCAUAUGUCUCAUUCUGGUGUCUACUAGAAAUGAUCAUCCUCUUAGAAGGACUUAAAUUUAUCCUGCCCUACCUAAUUGAAACAAGAUGAAUUGAAACUGGGUAUUUCCUGACAUGGGAAUUUUUCUAUAGCUAGAAUAUGGCUUUUAGGAAAUAUUAAAGGGCAUCAUUUUAGAAAAUACUCUUCCCUAGAAAUGAAACGGAGUGCCUGAUAUUGCAUUCAAUAAAGUUUUAUUUGUUGGUGCGUGUCAUAAGCUA